CGAGACGGUACGAAAGAUGUCGCGAAGAAAAACAAAUAUGGCGGAGAUACAUCGAAAAUAUUGAAUGCUGCCAAGUAUUUGUGAUCCAUAUUUCAGAUAUGUAUUCUAGAGCUCAUCUAUUGAUAGAAAAUGAAUACAAGAAGCUUCUUGAAGAUCAACCAUGGGGUAUAGAAGCCAUACCUUUACAAGAUGACAGUAUUUUUGAGUGGGUAGCUAAAGUAAAAGGACUAAAAGAUUCAAUAUGGGAUGGUGGUGUAUUCAGACUUUACAUAAAAUUUGAUGAACAUUACAAUAUUCGUCCUCCGGAAGUGUGUUUUCAUACCAUUCCUUAUCAUCCAAAUGUUGAAAUGAUAACAGGAAAACCAUGCAUUGACUUCUUAGAUGACUUUUCGAAAUGGAAGGAUUCUUACUCCUUGUCUUUCAUCCUUGUCACAAUACAGCAUUUACUCUCCAACCCAAAUUUAGACAGCCCUGUGAAUCAAGAAGCUGCAGAGAUGAUGCUUCAUUCACCUAAGGCCUAUAAGCAAAUGGUGCUGGACUGUGUCACAGCUAGUCAGAGAGUGGAAGCUGGGGUAACUCCACAUCAGGACCUAGAAUCUCGGGUCAGAUUUGUCACACCAGAUGCACAGAGGAAACAUUACACAGGAACCACAAGGACCGCUAAUGCUGCUGUCACACGCCUGUCCUUUGAUGAUUAUCAUGCAACCUGGAGUGGAAUUGCUACCUCUAAACCUACCAUGGAUACUCCUAAUCCUUUAUUGGAGGCAAUAAAAGAUAAACCUGGACUACAAAAAGCACAUUUAGGAGUUCCCCAAGAAGAGAUUGAUGAACAAAUGAAAAGACAACUCGAAGAACAUAAUGCACUCAUGUAUGGAAACUUUAAGGUAAAGGCUAAUGCUGAUGAGGAGAAGGCAGCAAAAUUGGCAAAAUUAAACAGAAUGAAGAAGAUUUAUCUGCCACCAAGACUCUCCCCAACUCCAUCAGUUCAACCCCCACCAACCAAGGAAAGGAAAGAGGAACCCUGGGAAGAUGAAGUGGACAACCUUGUUGAAUGGUCGUCAAAGCUUGAUGCUGAUGAACUAGACAUUUAAAUGCUUUGCAUUUGCUGGCAAAAUGUGAUAUAAAAGCAAUGUUUCAUGACAUUUUGAUAUCACUAUUAAUAUGAAUAUUAAGAAGAGAAAUUAAUUUGUAUGUACAGGUAUGAAGUAAAAUUAAUGAAUGCAACAGAGGUAGCAGAAAUAUAGUAUGAGUUGUCCUUUACAUCAAAUUUUAUUAUUCAGGCAGUAAAUGAAACCCUGUCACCAAAAAUUAUUUGUUUAAUGUGUGUCUAACUCAGUGGAAUCAAUGUUUAUCAAAUAAAAUGAACUUUUA